AAUAAUCCAUGACACCAUAACGGUUUCCAAAAAGCUAGGUUAAACCAUGCAUAAAUUAUUCAAUUAAUUAAUAUGAUACCAUAAACUCACCACUAAAACAUGUAUAAGUACCAUACAUACAUCUAACCAAAAGACCCACCAUCACCACCAACCAUCAACCAAAAGUCCUCCUUUUUUCCUGUUGAGAGAAAUCAAGGAAACAAAGAGCUCCAAAGAAAUCAAGCCAUGGAGGCACCACUCAUCAAAGCUUGGCUAUGGAGGCUAAUUUUGGUCUUUCUUUCUGUAUUGUUACUAAGUGUCGUGGAAGUGAAGAGCAACACAGACAUAGAUGCUCUGAUGACUCUCAAAAACGCCAUGACUGAUCCAAAUGGAUGUAUGAAUGAUUGGGACCCGAGCUUCGUCGAUCCUUGCACUUGGCUUCGCAUCACUUGCAACUCAGAUAAUCGCGUUGUUCGAGUGGACGUGCCCGGCUGCGGUUUGUCCGGACAAUUACCGCCGGGUCUAGCCGGAUUGGACCAACUGCAAUAUUUGAAUCUUUACGACAACAAGAUUGGGGGAAUGAUUCCAACAGUCUAUGGCCACGGCUUCCAGAGCCUUAAAUCCUUGGAUUUGAGCUCGAAUUCACUCGAGAGCAUAAUUCCAGCAUCUUUGAGCAAAUUACCAAAAAUCGAAUUUAUACAUCUGGAGCAUAAUCAAUUAGACGGAUAUAUUCCAAGAGACCUGGGCUUGAUCCCAACCAUUAGAGUUUUGAACAUUUCGUACAAUAAAUUAUGUGGAGAUGUUCCUCCAGAGAUUGCACGCAUUCCAGGCGCUGAUUGGUCUAACAAUCCUGGAAUUGGGAAACCUUGCCAGUGAAGAUGGAUACAUAAAUGAAGGAAAAUCUUUCCAUUAUCUUUUGUUAUCUCAGUUUGACUGGUGUUUCCGCAAUGGACCUGUUAAGACAGUGGAAUAACUAAAACAUAUAAUAACUUACUGGAUUCGCGUGUAUUUUGAUGACUUGGGUUUCUGGUUGCACGAUGGUUAUGGGCGGGUCUCGGGCGGGUUUAUGUAAACCAUUCUCAUUUUUGUUUUCAAAUAUCUAAAUCCACAUAUGCCUCAUUCCCACACGGAGGAAUAUUUUGAUUUCCAUACCCAUAGUUUUUGGGUUUCCGUGAGUAAUACUCAUCCCGUACAUCCAACGUUAUUAUACCUAAAACUUUACAUGAAAUUUUUUAAUUAUAACACUAAACGGACCUACUAUAUCAUGAAGUCAACGAACACACGGUCAUUCUUAAUACGAUUCAAAGAAUAUGAUGUUAAAACAUCCAUUAAUCCAUAAGAUAGACUGAUAGAGUACAAUAUUUUUCAAAUUAUUAUUCUCUAACUCUAAUAGAUCUACUAAAUGAUAAUUAACCAACAUAAACUUUUUUUUUUGAGGGACAACAUAAACUUGUUAAGAAGGGGGAAAAGUGAAAGAGUGAAGAGAUAAUUGAGUGAAAGAAAUUAGGUUUUGAUUAGGGUGGCCACUCAAUUGAAUUUCUACUAUUUAUCUUCUCUUAGUUAUCCUCACUAUUAAUUAUACAAAUUUGAUCCACAUAUUUUUUUAUAUAUAUAUGAAGAAAUGCUCUUGGUGGGGCGGAUAUGGGUAUGGGUGUGGGGAGUGGAGAGAGGCUAAAACUAUACCCGCCUCAUACCCAUCAAAGUUUUUGCGGGUUUUACCCAUAUCCUCCCUUACCUAAUCAAUGCGAAGAUAUCCCGCGUUGACUGGCGUUCGAAUAUCCGCGACCAUGAGUUUGAUUGUCAUCCCUACUCGUCUCAUAAUGAACACCCAUAAGCAAAAACAAAAUAAUAAUAAUAAUAAUAAUAACAAUAAUUAAUUAAGCAUCAUACAUGAGAUCUUAAGGAGUAAUUUAUAACGAGUUAAUUGUUAAAUCCCGACUACGGGUACUCGAUCAUAACUGCUCUAUGCAUCCCUUCUAAGUUGCGACCACCUUGUGCCUGCACAAAUCAAUGAAGGUUUGCUCAGUUUGUUAGACCAUCAAUGAUCAAGUCACGACUCACGAGUGUUCUUUUUAGAGAGAGAAAUGUAGUGGGUAGGGUUUGCUAAGAGAAUCCAACCUCCAUAAGUGUGGUUACAUUCCCCCAAUUUAUAGUAGACGACUUUUCGACAGCUUACCCAUACACAUCUUACGUCAUCACGCCGCAGCCGUCGUGGUCUUCGCCUCCCACCAUCCUCUGUCGUCGUUGCCGCAGAGGUAACAACCUCUCUCGUCAUCUCUCCUCUCGCCGUCACAUCUCUCCUCCUCUCUCCCAUCAUUUUACAGUCGCCACCUGUCAAGAACCAGUUGAUCCCAAUAACUCGAGUUGUUGGGAGAAGGUUAUACUGGAUCUUAUACAGGCUCAUGUAUGGUACUUAACCACUUCCUUACAUGCUCCCUCAAACGAAAGCCGACUCAUGGGCUUGAAGUUUGCACAGGCCCGCCAUACCAUGUGCUUGAAAGACAACGGUUAAUAUUGAGGGUCGUGAGGACUUGAACACGUGACCUCAAGGACAAACAAGCUCUGAUACCAUGUCAAGAACCAGUUGAUCCCAAUAACUCGAGUUGUUGGGA